AUGAAGAUGCAUCUAUCUUCCCUGCUGGUGGCUGCCCUCCUCCCACUCGCCUUCAGCAAGCCAACUCCCCGAAAGAAGUCGCCCGGCAGCUUCAAGGUCCAUGUCGCACGAAGGUCGAGUCCGGAGUACAUGCACGAUGGCCCUACAGACUUGCAGAGAGCAUACGCCAAAUAUGGACUCCCGACCACAGAGGACAUGGAUGGCUAUCAGCCCAGUCCAAUUGCCGAUUUCGUUGGACACUCGAAGCUAGCAGAGGCUCAGAGCGAGGACGAGAAGGGCAAGGUAGAGAACAACCCUACGAACCAUGAUAUCCAGUUCCUGUCGCCCGUCACCAUCGGCGGACAGCAGUUUAUCAUGAACUUUGACACCGGUUCGUCAGACACCUGGGUGAUGAACACAAGACUGGACGAAGCUACCAAAAAGGACCACCAUGUCUACGACCCGUCCAAGUCAAAAACCCACAAAGUGCUAGACGGCAUCACCUUCGACGUCAAGUACGGCGACAAGUCCCAUGCCUCGGGCCUGGUGGUGACCGAUGUAAUGGACGUCGGCGGCGCAACAGUCAAGGCUCAAGCCAUCGGCCUACCCAGCAAGGUCGCCGCCUCUCUCGCCGACGACAAAUCAUCCGACGGCCUCGUCGGCCUGGCCAUGACCAAACUCAACUCCAUGCGUCCAACUAAACAAAAGACCUUCUUCGAGAACCUGUCUGAAAACCUCGACGAGCCCGUCUUCACCGCCCAGCUCAAACAUGGCAUGAUGGGCUCGUACGAGUUUGGAGCCAUCGACAAGACCAAGUACAGCGGAGACCUUGUCAAGGUGCCAGUCGACGACAAGAGUGGGUUCUGGGAGAUUAGCUGCGGGCUCUACGCGGUCGGACAAUUGGACAAUAUCCAAAAGGUCCAGAACGGGACCGGUUCCGCAAUUCUGGAUACCGGUACCACCCUCCUGAUCUUGGACGACGAGAUCGUCAAGGCAUACUAUGAUCAGGUCAAGGGUGCCAGAUACGAAUCUAAGCGAUAUGCCGGCUGGGUAUAUCCUUGCAGCUCGUCGAUGCCCUCGCUGUUCCUUGCUGUCGGUAAAGACCACAUGGCCAUCAUCCCUAGCACGCUUCUUACCUUCCAGAACUACGGCCCUGACCCGGACACUGGUGUUGACACAUGCUAUGGUGGCCUUCAGUCCAACAAUGCCGGCGGCAUCCAGAUCCUCGGCGACGUCUUCUUCAAGGCCCUCUUCGUCGUCUUUGACAAGCGUGGCCCUUCCAUUUCUCUUGCACCCCAUGCCUAG